AUGAAUCAUUCGAUGAGGCUUUCAAUGUUCAAUAAGUUUUCGCCAUUAAAACUACUUUGCAUUGCCGACACUCGUUUUGCUUCAAUUGUGUGCAUGCUUAAAAGGUUGAAACUCCUUAAAACAUCACUUCAAUCAAUGGUUAUUAGUGAGAAUUGGUCCUUAUACAAGGAUGAUCGACGCGGGCAAGCCUCACAUGUAAGGGAAAAGAUUUUGGAUGAAAUAUGGUGGGAAAAAGUUGAUUACAUUCUUGAUUUUACACGCCCAAUCUAUGAGAUGAUUAGGGUUUGUGACACCGACAAAUCUUCCUUGCAUUUGGUUUAUGAAAGAUGGGACAUUAUGGUUCAAAAGGUGAAAGAUGCCAUCUACAAGAAAGAGGGUAAACUAGAUUAUGAACAAUCUACCUUCUUUAAUGUAGUUAAAGGGAUUCUUAGUAGUCGUUGGAGUAAGGGUAGUACUCCACUUCAUUCAUUAGCACAUUCUUUGAAUCCAAGAUUUUACACGGAAGAAUGGCUUAAUGAGGUCCCGGGACGAGUUGCUCCAAAUGCCGACAAUGAAAUUUCCACACAAAGAUUACAAUGCUUUCGAAGGAUUUUCCAAAGUCCCGAUGAAAGAUUCAAGAUCAACACGGAAUUUGCAAUAUUCUCACAAAAAUCAGAGGGGAUCUUUCUCAACAUUGAUUGCAUGCAUGAUAUGGCUUUGAUGGAUGCUAAAAAUUGGUGGGCAACUUAUGGUUCCCAAGUGCCUAUGCUUCAAGGUUUGGCUUAUAAGCUAUUAGGUCAACCUUCUUCCUCUUCUUGUAGUGAAAGGAAUUGGAGCACCUAUAAGUUUAUUCAUUCUUGCACUAGAAAUAAGCUUACUCCUAAACGUGCUCAAGACUUGGUAUACAUUCAUAACAACCUUCGAUUACUUUCUAGGAGAAGUGAAGAAUACACAAAGGGGAGAUCUAAGUUGUGGGAUGUGGGUGGAGAUGAGCAUGACAACCUAGGAGAGGUUGGUAUUCUAGAGAUGGCCGAGCUCUCACUUGAUGAACCCGAGAUGGAGAAUAUGAUUUUUGAUGAUGUACUUGGUGAUGGUGAAGAAUGAAACUAUUAGUACUUUUGUUUAUUUUAUUUAUGAUUUGUAAAACUAUUAUUAAGACAUGUAUUUGGUUUGAUGGUUUCUUGAUAUGUAUGAGACUACGUUCGUACACUUUGUUUAUUUACUUGUUUUAACAAAAUUGUGUGUUUUGAGGCUAAUUAUUUAGUGUUUUAUUGAAUAGGUUGUCAAAUUCUCGUUUUUUUGAUAUAUUAUAUGCCUUGUUAUAUGCCGUACCCGUGUCCCCUAUUUCAGGAUUGUCGUUUUCCCGUGUCCGUGUCCGUGUCCGUGUCCG